UUCGAGGCGGCCAAUCGGCGGCCGUGCGACUGUUCGGACCCCCUUUCCCAUACGGACUGCGGAGUUAAACUCGCACUGGAGCUCUGAAACUAAGAUCUUUAUUCUCUUUGCGCGGCGACCGGACACCUGAUCGCGCUCGGAUGGAGGGGUGAAACCCGAUCUUCCGAAUGUACUGCUGCCCACGAAACCUGGAGGAGUGACUCACUACCAAGGACACGUGAAAAAAAAAAGAACAUGUCUUCUUCCUCGAGUGAAGUGAUUGGUGCCGAUGAGAUCAAGAGGGAGAGCUCGAGGGCACUGGACACUCGGGGGAGUGCCAAGCUGGCCGCGCUCGAUCCGGCCGGAUUGCCCAUGGAGAACUCUGGCUCGGCUGCGGUGGCAGUUGAAUGCGCACCGGCUUCUCUUGCGUUCUCACCGGAACAAGUGGCGUGUGUGUGCGAGGCACUGCUGCAGGGCGGCAAUGUGGAGCGCCUUGCCCGGUUCUUAUGGUCGCUCCCGCAGAGCGAGCUGCUGCGCGGCAACGAGAGCAUCCUUAAGGCGCAGGCCAUCGUUGCGUUCCAUCAGGCGCGCUACCAGGAGCUCUACUGCAUCUUAGAGAACCAUAACUUCAGCCCGUGCAACCACUCGUCUCUGCAGGACAUGUGGUACAAAGCGCGAUACACCGAGGCAGAGAAGGCACGCGGCAGGCCACUGGGCGCCGUGGACAAAUACCGGCUGCGCAGGAAGUAUCCACUGCCCCGCACCAUCUGGGACGGAGAAGAGACCGUGUACUGCUUCAAGGAGAGGUCGAGGAACGCGCUCAAGGACAUGUACAAGCGCAACCGCUACCCGUCUCCGGCAGAGAAGCGGAACCUCGCCAAAAUCACAGGACUUUCUUUGACGCAGGUUAGCAACUGGUUCAAAAACAGAAGACAGCGAGACCGGAACCCGUCCGAAGCUCAGUCCAAAAGUGAAUCUGAUGGCAAUCAUAGUACAGAGGAUGAGUCAAGUAAAGGACAGGAAGAGCUUUCUCCUCGUCCUCUCUCUAGUGGCUCUGCUGGUUCAGUUGCCCUUGGCACUAGCCCUGCUGUAGCAUACUCCGAUGGUGCCACCACUGUCAUCCAGCAGAUCGGGGAUGCCAAAAUGUCUCCACUUGCCGCAGGAAUGGGUUUCAAUGGAGACCUGACAAACACCAACUCUCACUAUCUUAAUGGUGGAGCAUAUGUUCAAUCACAUGGCAGCAACAGUCUUCUGAAUGGACUUGGAACCACAAGUGGUCACUUCUUGACCUUCGAUCCCCAGAGGGUCUCCCAUGCUCAAGAGAGGCUAAUGGGUGGCUCCUCGGUGUCUUAUGCCUCUUAUUCAAUGGGGGCUCCAGAACCCACAGUUGGAAAACUAGAUGGUAUGCAGCCUCUGGUUUCACAUUCAGAACAUGGAGCAGUGCCUUCAGUUGUCACCUUUGCCUCCACCACAUCCUCUUCCUCCUCUCCCUCUGGAGCUCCUCAUCUCAACAGCUACAGCAUGGUCAACCUUCCUGGGGUUGAGAACAAUCUGAGUCUUCCUCCUUUAUUGCUACCACCAUCUUCUACAGCACCCUCUCACGCAGGCACAGCUCCACUGGACGGGGUGGUCAGCGACUCAUCCCAGCACUCUGGCCAACCCCUGCUCUACACGCUCAACCAGGCCGUAAAGCAGGAGCCUUUGGACAUUGGAGUGGCCUACACAUACCCCUCCAGUGUGCCCCUAGACCAAAGUGGCAACUUGGGCUACACAGCAUCCCUCUUUCUCUCCACCAACCUCAGCAACUCACCCAACAACGGAGGCCCCCUGGCCCCUGCAGCCACAGCUGCUAUCACCUCUGUGCUCUCCAGCACAGAGGGUCACUCUGGUCUGACUCACACCGCCCGCGGCCUCCAGGAAACUGGGGGAGCUCUGCCCUCAGACUACAGGGCACAGGAAGCACAGCUGCCCCUGUCCGACAAUCUCGAGACCCCUGCAGGUACUGGCGAGGGCCCUCCUGGAGUGUGUGGUGAUCUGGACAUGGAGGGAAAAGAGCUGGCCAAGCUGCAGACUGUUCAGAUGGACGAGGACAGCAAUGACCUCUGACCCUUGUAAUCACAACAUCUGAAAAGCUGUAUUUCAUUAGCAGUUGAUUUUCUUGCACUGCAGUAUAACUAUAAAGGUCUCCUAAGCACACAUCAAUCUUUUUAUACUUUGUCGCUUUUACGGUAAUGUAUGCAAGAUGUGUGCAAAUAGGUGGAACACAUGAACAGUGCCUUUGUAUCCCUAAAUAAACGUAGCUUCACAUGUCCUGACUUGCACUCGGAUGGCUGCAGAAUGUACUUGUUGAUGCACUGACCCUGAACAAGAUGUCUCAGCACUGUCUUUUCUCUCCUAUUUGCAGUAAUGGAGAUUUUAAUUCAGAGAGAGUUGGGCAGUGACAGAGCAUGGUGGACUGAGAGAGAGAGAGAACAAUAUAAAAUAUCAGAUGUGUUUGGUGAAUCUUGCAAAUGUUUCUGCACUAUCAUUGCAGCUUCAUACUGAUUCUUUAUUUCACUCUCCAAAAUUUUAUCAAAGCACAGAUGUUGAAUUUUUUUUUUUUGUUGACGUUUGAUUUUGUAUUUAAUUUUUUGAAGCUUGAAAUGGCAAUGUGAACAACAUUUUGUUAUGUUUUGCUUUUUAAGCUAUUUAAGUUCCACAGGACUUAACCACAGGUGAGAAAUCUUUGUCCGUGAUAUGACAAUACUGUAUUAUUGGGCAUUCAGCAACUGGUCUCAUGUACCUUCCUUAAAGAAAUGAAAUCCUUACAGUAGUAAAUGAUUUCAGUUGUAUGAAAAACAGGUUUUAGGCCUUUUUUUCCUUUUUUUUUAAACAUUUUUGUUUUACUGUAUAACCCCU